UCAAAGUGUAAACAAGCCGAGGGGUUUGUUUCCAACAGAUUCCACUAACCGUAAGAUCGACUCUCACUUACUUGCCAUGUUGGUUGGAAAUUUAAUUUUCGUGCACUAAAUUUGAUUAUAUCAAUUUUGAUUUGUAAACGUUUUCAAAAUCAAUCAGUAUUAUGAGUUCUCCAGUGCUUUCCAUUGACAAUGGCUAUGUGUCAAGCUACAAAACGAACUCAGUGGUGUAUGCUUGUGAUACGGGGUAUUCUAUGGUGGGGAAUUCAGUGGCUAUCCUUAAAUCAGGAGUUUGGUCCACCCCUGGGAAAUGUGAAUUAACAUUCGUUGAUAAUGUUUGGUUUUGGUUCUUAAUCGGUCUCGCGGCUCUGCUGACCAUCACAGGUUUAACACUGCUCUGUGUUUAUUGUUACCGCCACUGCUUCAGAAUGCUUUCAAGAAGAAUCAAAACGAGGCCAAAGGAAGAAGAAACGCAACGUUCAAGCCAAACACCGAGGAGUUCCCGCGGCGAUCCCGGCUGUUUCGAAUAUGGUGGGAAAUGUGACAUUUGUUGCGUAGAUUACUACGGAUGUUGCUCAUUGUCCAAUUGCUGUGGUUACCAUGGCUGUUGCGCUUGGUUUUGUGGUUGUUGCCGAUGUUGCAGAGAACCGGAAGAGGGGCCCGGUAUUUCCAGUCUUCCCGUUUCAAUGUUUCGCAAAUGGAGGAAGAAAUCGAAAGGUGGCAAUAGGUCGGUUACGACCAGGCCGAUAGUUGUGAUUCAGUACAGUAGGCACAAGAUGAGAUCGGUAAGAAAAGCAGCGAAGACAGCGGAGGUCCCCGUGUUGCCGCUCUGGCUGCCGCAUAAAAAUAAUGUACGGGACAUCAACACAAGCACGAGAUAAAUUUAAUAUCCCGGCACAAUGAUGUGAAUAAGCACGUUGAAAUUUAUUUUCAUUGUGAACUCUUUGAAAUCACAGAAUACUUCUAAAUUGAUGAAUGGGUUAGAUACGAGAUCUAACUCUGUCUAUAUUACCUGUAAGAGUAUUUGAGAUUCAUUAAACCUAAUGCAUUGUAAGUUUUAUUUUCAUUUUAUUAAUACCAUAAACCCUGAAAUAUGUUAAAAUACACGUUGUCGACACUAGUGUCUAUACUGGAUGUGUUGUUUAAUCGUAAACUUAUUAUUUUUUUGUACACUUGUCUUAGAGAUGUAUGGAAACAUGAGUAAAUUAACUGGCAGUGAGUCGAGUACUUUAGACCAAUUUCAUUUCGCGAAACCUUAUUUUCGUGAUAGUACAUUGAUGCAUGAUGCAUUAUUCACGAACCAUAACUUUCACUUCUUAAGUUUGCUAUGUGAAAGAGUUUAUCGCGAAAACAAAAGUUUCACGAAUGGCUAGUCUUGCGUAAUUACGCGAAUUAAAUGAGAUACUAGAUAUUCCAAAUAUCAGUUUAAUGCAGUUUAUAUAACAUCUAUAAUAAUAUUUUUUUGCUUGAAUUGGUGUUAGUAAUGGAAUUCUGCUUUUGUCAUUGAAAGCCUUUUACAAUAUAUUGUUUAUAAGUUGUAUCAGUAAAUUAUUAACUUUA